AUGCCUCUCACCCACGAGCCGUCCAAGUCGCCUCUAAGACGCUACCAUCACUAUAUAUAUAUUAUAUUCUGGGCGCUUUCAUCGUCGCUGGUCCUAUACUGGGCCGGAGGGCUGUCCUACCUCGAUGCCUUGCUUCUCGCCUCCGGUGCAGCCACCCAGACGGGGCUGAACUCUAUCGACCUCAAUCGGCUGCAUGUGGUUCAGCAGGCUACCCUAUGGGGGGUCUCCAUGGUGACGAACGUCAUCUUCGUCAACUCGCUGCUUGUGGUGAUUCGUCUCUACUGGUUUCGAAAGCGGCUCCGCGGCGCUAUCCAUGAGGCUAAAGUAUUGUGCCGCACCCAGCGCAAUAAAUGGAACCAAUGCCUAUCAGAGAACCAUCCUCCUCGCGGGAUCUCGCUUGAGAGACCAGCCGAGGAGCGACCCUUGUUAGAAGCUAUGGAUGGUGAAGACCGUAGCUCCGAGUUCCUCACCUCCGGCAGAAAGUAUGGCGCCGCGGGAACAAUCAGUCCGCACAUCACGUUUUGUGACUCGGAGGCCGAGUACGAGAUCAAACAGCAUCGCCGGUCGCUGUCUGAGCCUGACAGUCCGCUGCAGCGCUCCUGCCAUGAUCUCAACGAUAUACCCCCACUACCUGCGUUGAUGUGGCAGUCGUCCAUCGCCAGCUACGCCGACUGGGACGAAGCUCAGAAGGAGGAGCUCGGCGGGAUCGAGUAUCGGGCUUUGAAGACGCUGUUCGUCAUACUCGUCUGCUAUUUCGUGGCUUUCCAUCUGCUGGGGAUUGUGCUGUUCAUGCUGUGGGUUCUGCCGAACAGGCAGUAUAGCCAGGUCCUCGCCGAUGCGGGCAUCAACCGGCCAUGGUGGGCUAUCUUCACGGCUGGAUCCGCAUUUAACGAUCUGGGGUUCACGCUAACUCCAGACUCGAUGGAUGCAUUUCAGACUGCACCUUUGCCUCUCCUCGUGAUGACUUUUUUGGUCGUCAUCGGCAAUACGGGUUUCCCGUGUAUGCUCCGCUUCAUCAUCUGGACUCUCUCCCAGUUCACGACGUACGGAUCUCCUCUCGACGACGAACUGGAAUAUCUCCUGGAGCAUCCGCGGCGGUGCUUCACGCUUCUAUUUCCCAGCGCUGAAACGUGGCGACUGUCCGCCGUCCUGUUGCUGCUCAACGCGAUCGACCUAUUCAUCUUCUAUACUCUUCAAGAGACCCCCCAAGCCAAUGACAUUUCCCCCGGUCUCCGACUUGUCAACGGUCUCUUCCAGAUCGCCUCAACCCGAACCGCCGGCUUCAGCAUCACCUCCCUCAACACCCUCCACCCAGCCACGCAGGUCUCCUUCGUAGUGAUGAUGUACAUCUCCGCCUUCCCGAUCGCCAUCGCGAUGCGCAAAACCAACGUCUACGAAGAGAAGAGCCUGGGAAUCUUCUACAGCGACGACUACGACGACGAGAAGACGCCCCACCAAUCUGACUCGCUGGCGGCGCAUGUCCAGCGUCAGCUGGGCUUCGACCUCUGGUACGUGAUACUCGGAUUUUUCUUGAUCGCGGUGGCGGAGGGCAAGCGCCUGCAGGACCACCCGGCCGACCUGUCCUUCUCGCUGUUCCCCAUUCUGUUCGAGAUCGUGUCCGCGUACGGCACGGUGGGGUUGUCGCUGGGCUAUCCCGGCACGGAGACGAGUCUCUGUGGGGAGUUUGGGGGGCCAGCCAAGGCGAUCAUCAUUGCGAUGCAGGUGCGGGGACGGCACCGCGGCUUGCCGCACGCGCUGGACCAUGCGAUCCUGUUGCCGUGCGAUCUGGUGGAGGCGGAUGAGGAGGGCGGACGGCCGGAGUGGUGGUGGAAGGGGUGGUUGCGGAAGAAGGGGACGGAUCUGGGGAGUCUUUUCGGAGGCAGGGAUUGA